UUUUAACCUGGAAAAAAAAUCACCAACUAAGGAACAGCGGCUUUUGAACAAGCUACACACUUCACGUACGCUCCGCAAAGUAUGCGCUUUGAGGAGAUCGGAAACUUGAGAUUUACUGUCAUUGUGUUAAUAUGUAGAUCGUAUUUUACAGAAACUGAAUAAUUUUUACAGUUUUUCCAUCGCGGGGAAACUGAUCGUGGAGCCGGUGUAAUAAGCGGCCCAUUUAAAAUGUCACAGUUGGAAUUGGAUCCUCAGUUCAUGCAAGGUCUGCGUCUUCUGCAUUCACCCAAUAAAGAUUCUGCGGAGCAGCUCAGAUCUCUCCUCGAUGAAGCAAUCCGACUAAAGCAUGGCCCAGCAAAAAUGCUGUGCAACGUUAUCCAUAAGAAGUACACGAUGGAGGAGCCGGUGCUAAGCGAUCACAGUAGCGGUAGCAGUAAAAAGAGCAAAGGAUCAAGUUCCUCUUCUAAACAAUCCAGCAAAUCUAGCAAAAAUAGUUCUCCCAUAAAUUUGCCUUCAAGGGAUACUCCCCCAGAUAUAAUCCAGACGGAUGAUACAUUUGCAUUGGAAAUAUUGGAGGAUGACUUAACUUGUGUUAUAUGCAAGGGAAUGGACGUUGGGGCAAGGAAUACACUGGUAGAAUGCGUCGAAUGUCAUUCCCUUUAUCACCAAGAGUGCCAUACGCCCCACAUCCUAGACACUCAAAUCGAUGAUCCACGAUUCGUAUGGUAUUGUUCAAACUGUUCCAAAUCUCAACAGACGACUAAAGAGAGUUCUCCAAAAACUGUAGUGGAAGGAAAGUCUAAGGAGCACAAAAAAUCAAGUUCAAGCUCAAAACAUUCGGACAAGUACAAAUCGUCGUCUAGCAACGCGGCACAGUCGCAACCAAAUAGCGGUGGUAGUACACCUACUGGAGGAUCAAAUGGACCAAAACUUACCCCUAAUAUAAACAUCGUAAGUGCAGACAGAAGAUUAAGGGAUAUGAUGAAAAAAGUUAAACAAGAAAAACGUAGCAACAGCAGUGGGAGUAGCAGCGGUAAACAUCCCUCGUCUAACGCAAACUCCUCGUCAUCAAAAUCUACACAAGAAAAAUCAUUGUUAUACAAAAUAAAAUCAGGUUCGGAGUAGGUAAUCGAUUUCUCUUUUUUCUCUCGUAUGUUAAUGUAGAGAAUAUUGUAAAUUGUUUAAUUGAAUUGACUGAUCGAACACCGCGAUCGAAACAAAUUUAUACACAUAGAAUCAAUGAAUUACGGCGAAUAAUUUAUAAAACUGUACACACAAAAUAAAUGAAAUAAA